CAAACAACAACCUUGCACAACCACUACAUUCACAAUGGCCCGCACUAAGCAAACUGCCCGCAAGUCUACCGGUGGCAAGGCCCCUCGUAAACAACUCGCUUCCAAGUCUUCCGCUGCUCGUAAGACUGCUGCUGCAGCUGGUGGUGUCAAGAAGCCUCAUCGUUUCCGCCCCGGAACCGUCGCCCUCCGUGAAAUCAGACGUUACCAAAAGUCAACGGAGCUCCUCAUUCGCAAACUCCCCUUCCAACGUCUCGUUCGUGAAAUUGCGCAAGACUUCAAGACUGAUCUUCGCUUCCAAUCAUCCGCCGUCAUGGCUUUGCAAGAAGCCGCUGAGGCUUACCUUGUCUCACUAUUCGAAGACACCAACUUGGCUGCCAUCCACGCCAAGCGCGUUACCAUCCAACCCAAAGAUCUUGCUUUGGCUCGUCGGUUGCGGGGAGAGCGGUCAUGAUAGAACUUUUAUUCAUCAGUUGUUGGAUUAUAUUUAUUGUAACCUUAGUGUAUUACCUAUUCAUAUCUCGCUUGUCAACGCUCUGUCGAUUAUAAUCUACAGUGAAGCUUUGAAGUC